CGGUCCGGAAGUGAAUUCAAACUUUCGUUUUCUCUUUCGCUUGUUCUUUGCGAAUCUGUUUUACAAUCGACAUCGCUGCAAUUUUCAUUUACAUGAUAGAACUUACCAAGAGCAGACCUACCAGACAUGGCAAAGCUGAAUGGUGCAUACUUUGUUGGAACAGGUUUAGGAGUGGUGAUAGCACUAGUGGGAAUUCUCAUCUAUUGCUUUAUCAGCAUUGAGUGCUGUGAUUGUCAUUGGAUAUCACUGGAUGAAGAAGGAUUAGAGAAGGAUUUCACACACAAACUGUUUGGACAGCACAUUGCAAGUGAAGUGAUCGUUAAAGCGAUUAAAGGUUCUUUAAGUAUCCCUGAUCCCAAGAAACCCCUCACCAUGUCUCUACACGGUUACAGUGGCACUGGCAAGAACUUCGUUGGUCAACUAAUAGCACGGAACCUUUACAAAAAUGGAAUGAAAAGCCAAUAUAUCCACGUAUUUGUGUCUACUCUCCAUUUCCCUCAUGUUCAACUCACUGACCAGUAUCAGAAUGAGUUACAGAUGUGGAUACGUGGAAAUGUUACACUAUGUCCCAGAUCAAUGUUUAUAUUUGAUGAAAUGGACAAAAUGCAUCCAGGUGUCAUCAAUGCUAUCAAACCUUUCCUGGACUACACCAGUGAUGUUGACAAAGUGGAUUAUCGAAAAGCAAUAUUCAUCUUCUUGAGCAAUUCUGGUGGUGAUAAGAUAAAUGAAUUUACUUUAAGCAUUUUGAUGAGUGGAAAGGAUAGGGAGAGCAUUGAGCUGAGUCAGCUGGAAGAGGAACUCUCCUUGAUGGUCUUCAACGAUAACAAUAAUGGGUUCUGGCAGACUAACCUCAUCCAAACCAACUUGAUUGACUAUUUUAUUCCCUUCCUACCUCUGGAGUUUAAACAUGUCGUGUCAUGUGUAAGAGCUGAACUUGCAUCCAGAGGAGUGAAGAAUGAGAGCAUUGUCACCAUAAUAGCAAGCAGUAUGGUCUACUACCCGAAAGAGGAGAAGCUGUUCUCAUUGAAAGGUUGUAAGACUGUGGCCUCCAAAGUGAACCUGUACUUUUAAGUCACAAAGCUUACAGGAAGAAGGUUCCACAUAGCUCGUUGGUAUGGACAGAAUCCCUGGGAUUGAUUGACCGAGGCAUUGAUCUACUUAUGGCUCUGUUAACUGAAACCCCCCCACGAUUAGAUAAUUACCUUGAAAAUCACAAUGAACAAAUGGGUUACUGUCAAGCGUUUUUAUGACGUUGUAACACAUGGUCCUCUGUAAGCUAAAGAAUGAAUGAUCGUGAUGUCUGAUUAAGACAUAAUCUGCAACUGACAUUAGAAAAUACUUAAUUGAACCAAUUGAAAGUAACUUGGUUCGUAGAGUCAAAUUUUGCUGUAAAGUGUCAGUGAAAUGUUUAGGGUGGUUUACACCCAUUUUUUAAAUCUCAAGAUGCACUUAAAGCCAUGUUAUAAGUAUUUUUUUAAUUCCAGUUAGCGUGUGUCCCAAAUCACUGGCAAUUUAUUGCUUAACAAUUGCUGGUUGAUUACAGAAAAAUGUCACAGUACAACAUAUGUAAUAUUAUGAGUAAAUUAUUAUUUAAAAAAAAAACAAAUGUAGUGCAGGAGUGUUAGACCUGCUGUGCUGUACUUUUUCUGUGUUUGUUCAAUGUGCUAAAGUUUCAAGCUGGGGCCAAUUUCCUUGGUCAACAAGACUGUGAAAGCAAGUAUCCAACUGAAUUAGCUUGCCGCAGGUAACCAUUCUGGAAGUGGAGGUGGCUGAGCAGGAAAGAUAAGAAUGUAGCAUAAGAAUAUCAACAGACUGUGACAUACUCUGCAGUCAGAAACCUCCUUGCAUAGAGGUUUGUGAAAAUGUGGAUUGUACUGCCGCAGUAAACCCAUAGACGCAUAAUCAAUUGAGGUGUUUAAAGAGCAGGUAGGUGCAUCCUUGGGAGGUAGGGCUACUAAGGGAGGUGCAGAACAUGACAUAGCAAAUUGAAAAUAAAAGGAGCAGAUGCAAUGAAUAUAAAUGACGGAGCAGGUUCAAUGGGUCCAAAAACGUACUCCUGAACUUAUGAGUUUGACUUUUCAAUUUGUGUAUUUACGCUCAGAAUAACAAAGUAACCCCUCUGCUGUGGAAUGGGAUGGGUGGAGUUGGAGUAGUUUUGUCUGUCAACGCUGACUUUCAGCUUAUUACUAAAAUACAUGGUUCAGGUUGGGUAGGUACUUGGAGCUAUGACACAAAGCUAACGAGACCAGUUCGGUGCACUUUUAUAUGGUUGUGUUUUAUUCCCCACCUCCACCCCUAAUAUUUGUGAAUGCUGGGUUGAUUAAGGCGGAAAAUCAGUGGUAGGAUAGGAAAUGGAAAUCUAGCAUUUCUAGUUCAGAUACAGCGUUGUCUUGAUACAGUGUUAAACUGGAUGUACACAUGAGAUACCUUCACUUCAGAGUCAGAUGUGCACCGUCUGCUGCACUAAUGGAGCAUUACACUUCUAUUUUCCUGGGUCCAAUAAUUCAAACUGCCGUUUUGGCACUCAGUGAUGACUUAUACACUAUGAAUCUGCACCUACUAAGAUCCUGGAUGAUUGAGAAUCUCAGAACAGCCUAAGAAAUGUGAUUCAGAUUUAGAAAAGUGAUUGUUAAAUUAUCUGCUUGUCUCAGUUGGGAGCACACUUGCCUCUGAGUCAGGAAGUUGUGGGUUCAAGCCCCACUUCAAAACAAUUUAGCGUAUUAUCCAUGCUGAUGCAUUAACUUGGUACUGAGGGUGUGCUGCACUGUGGGCGAUGCCAUCUUCCAAGCAAGACCAUAUCUGCCCUCUUGGGUGGACAUAAAAGAAUCCAUUGCACUAUUUGAAGAAUAAGAGUAAAAUCCUGCACUGGCCUGCCCAAAAUCUGUUCAUCAACUGACAGCACAAAAAUUUUUCGUUAUUGGUCCUAUUGCUGUUUGUGGGACCUUGCUAUAUGCAAAUUAGAUGUUGCAAAUGCAAUUGUAUUUAACAGCAUUCUGUGACAAAAAAAUGAAUAAAAUAAAUUUAAAAGUU